AUGGACCUCAACCUCGAUAACUUGGCCACCGUUCUCACCACUGCCUCAGGAAAACAGCGUGGCGCAGAACAGCAGGCCGCAGAGGCGCAAUUGAAGCAAUGGGAGACCGUUCCGGGAUACCAUUUUCUGCUCCAGUCUGUGUACCUAAACACAGACCAUCCUCUGCAAAUUCGCUGGCUCGCCAUCAUUUGUCUCAAAAACGGCGUCGACAGGUACUGGCGGUCGACCCGGGUGCAUGCCAUAUCCAAAGAGGAGAAGGCAGAGAUCAGAAAACACUUCUUCGACUCGUUGGAGGAGUCAAACGACCAGCUCACUAUCCAGAACGCUCAUGCCAUUGCGCGUGUUUGCCGACUUGAUUUCCCUGCCGAGUGGAGCACCGUGUUCGAGGAGAUUGCCGCAGUGUUGGAUACCGCCACCACAAACAUCGUAAAAGUGCACAACAUGCUGCUGAUCACCAACCAGGUUCUCAAGGCUCUUGCCUCGGUGCGGAUAGGCCGAGCUCGCGCAGCGCUGCAGAACAAAGUGUCGGUGCUAGUUCCACACCUGGUGCGCCUGUAUCACGGAUUUUUCAAUCACUGGACCGCAGACGGGAAUUUCGACGCAGCAAGCAUGGAGGUCGGAUAUCUGUGUCUCAAGAACCUGCGGCGGGCCGUGGUAGACGGAUACGAGUACCCUCACCGGGACAGUCUUGUGGUUGAGUUUUACGAGGUGUCAUUGCAGCAUUUGCAGAAACUACUGCUGCUCCACGAGAGCUCGCAGCUGCCGUUGCUAGAAAGAUAUAUCAAGGCGUAUGUCAAGCUCUACGCAAACUUGGUGAGCGACAACGUUGUUGCGUUUGUCCUGAUGCCGAACUCGUACGAGAUAUUCAUGACGAUGCUAUCGCUGCUGGAGUCGAAGGCCAGCGAUAUAUACAACAGCGAGGAGAAUGAAUUUUGGGAGCAACUGGCCAUUAAGAUGAUCCUUGUGCUGAAGAGACUGACGGCUUUUGGAUUUAAGAAAGGCGCUGUGAUGCUCAAGCAGCGAAACGACCAGCAGGAGGUGGCUGCGGCAGCCAAAGCCGCAACAGAACGGUUUUUCCCGCCGCAGCUCGUGCAGAGCCUUGUCGACCUGCUGAUCACGUGGUAUCUGAAACUGCGGCCGGCAGACGUGGUUUCGUGGACGCUGGAGCCCGAGGAGUGGGUCAAUGAGGAGCUGCAGGUCAGCUGGGAGUACCAGAUCAGGCCGUGUGCGGAAAAUUACUUCCAGGACCUGGCUGUGUGCUUCAAGCCGCAGCUGAGCGAGUUUAUCCUGCGGAAAAUCGAGAGCACGCUUGCAGACAGCUCUGUGGACAUUUUGACCAAAGACGCGGUGCUGGCGGUGUUCCAGCUGAGCGCAAGCGCGAUCAGCGAAAACUGCAACUUCGACCAGCUUUUCCGCAGCUAUUUCCUGCCCGAGGCGCUGAAAGACGCUCCCGUUGAGAACAAGCUGGUCAAGCGGCGCGUGUGUCUAAUUGUGAGCGAGUGGCUGUCGAUUCAGUGCUCCAAAGAGACCAGGCUCGAGGUUUACCGGCUGGUGCUGCGGUUUUUGCAGAACACAGACAUCAACGACAAGGUGGUCCGUCUGACGGCCGUGCAGACACUGCAGCAUCUCGUGGACGACUGGGAAUUCCGCAAGCGCGACUUCCAGCCGUUUGUGUCGGAAACCGUGGCCCUGGUGCUCGAGCUGCUCCGGAAUCUCGAGUUCACAGAAUCCAAGAUUUUCGUGCUCAAGGUUCUGUCGCUCAUUCUGGAGCGCACCAAUCCGCUCGUGCCGGAAAAAGAGCUGCUCGACGUCAUGGCGAUAGUUCCGGCCAUGUGGGAUGAGUCGAACAACGCGAAUGAGAUGAUUAUCAAGAACUCACUGAUGCGGUUGCUCCGCGACCUGACCGGCGCGCUCAACAGCAACAGCAGUAAGGCGCAUCCUAUCGUGCUGCCGCUGAUAGCGCUGUGCUGCGACGACAAGUCCGACAUGUAUACGCUACUGUGUGAGGACGGCCUCGAGCUGUGGGAGGCGGUGGUUAAACACCUGCCGACGGCGGAGCCGGCUCCCGUGGAGCUGCUAAGACUGUUCCCGCUGAGCGUCAAGGCGCUCAUGAACUGGACAGAAAUCCUGCCUACGGUGCUCAAGCUUGCGCGCUCGUACGGUAUCUUGAAUUAUCAGCUAUAUGAGACAGAGACCGGGCUCGAGAUCUUCAAGAUCCUGGGCGGCUACCUCAAUUCGAUGCGCGACGACGCCGUGUACGUUACGUCGUCGCUGUUGGAGACGCUGUUUCUGCAGGUCCCGGACCCGAGCCGGUCGCAAUUGGUGGCGAACUUGGCGGAAAGCGGACUGUUUUUCGAGAUGGUGAAAUAUCUGACCAGAGAGUCGCAAACACCCAACUGCGAGAUAAAAAUGGCGCUGCCCCUGCUGCGUCUGCUCCACGCAGGCCCCGUCCACCUUCUCGGCAUGCUCGGCACCGUUUCAGACUCCAGCCUUGCCGUCCAGCUCGCGCAGCUGGUCGACUCGGUUGUCAACCUGCUCAAGCUGGUGUACGACGAGAAAAUCAGGAAAAUCUUCGUGCUGGCGCUGCUGGCGCUCUAUGCGCCGCCUAUAUUCACACAGUACUGCGCUCAGGAUCCCAGUGUUGACCUGGAGUACCAGCUGCUCAAUUCCGAGAGCCAAACGGGCAUAAAUUUGGUGCUAUCGAAAAAUUUCAACAGAGUCAUGUUUCUUGUCACACAUAUGCUCGAAGAGGUCAACGAGAACGCGGACGGCGACUGCGAGGCGUACCACAGGCCAUCGUCGUACGACGACGACGAUCUCACGUUGAUAGAAGACCAGCCAGACGAAAACGAGUAUGCGCAGGAGUUCAAGCUGCCUCCCUCGGCAGAGCAGCUACGCUUCAACGAGCUGGUGUUCAAGCUGGACCCCGUGCACAGAGUCAGCAGCAAACAGCUUCUCAAGUACCAGAUGGAUCAACUGGCGGGUAUUGACGGAUAUCAGCAACUUAUCUCGUCGGUGGACAGAGAGACUUUGGAACAGCUGCAGAUGAUGAUGAAUAAAUAAUAUAUCAUAGAAAUAAUCCAAUUAGCCCUCGCUUUCUGACGAGUUGCUCGAGGGACGCGUGUAAGGAUGCGAUCUUACCGUUCGCGAGGCGUUGUUGCGCGUGGGCCCUCCGGACCCUGUUCUAUCUGGUGUUUGUGCUCUUUCCUGGGGCUCGGGAGCAGGCGCCUCGGGCCCCGUGCGUCUGCCCAUAGAAAAGCCCUCUCCCUGCGCAGGGAAGUUGAUUGGUGGGUCACUUAAAGCAUAGCCCAUUCUGAGCGGGCCUGACCAGCUGAUAGGCACAAACGCCUCGGUCAAGGCGACAGGGUAGAACACCAGGUUGAAGCUGGUGCUUGGCGAUUCGGUCAUCUCCGGCGCAAUCUCGCGACGACAGAGCGGGCACGACACGUUGCUCUUCAGCCACUCGGCCACGCACGCUUUGCCAAAUAUGUGGCCACAUUGAUCCAGUUUCACCGGAUAAUGUGCAUCUUCUGAUUUGUCCUCGGGUUUCUCAGCCGGCUGUGUAGGAAUCUCUUCUCCGGGAUUGUACGCCACUUCGUGCGUGGCUGUUUGAUCUGUUGGAAAUGUGAGGUCGGGGUCGGAGGCGUCGUAGCCGUCGAAGAAGGAUGGCAAAUCGACGGCUUUCUUUUGUUCUGUGUUAGACUCACGUUUCUCUGAGUACUCUUCGAACGGUUCGAAGCAGAUCGGACAUUGUUUUUCGGAUUCUGGAAGUUCUGCGAGCGGAAUUGGCUUCAAAGAGUCAAUGGCGUCCUUGGUGGCAUGCUUGUGUUUGGAAGGCCGGUUGAGGAUCUCCACGAAAUUGCGCAUCAUCAGGGCAAUGGGCGACUCUGCGGAGCCUGGGGCUGGAGACGUGCGAUUAAACUCCAGAGGGAAGAUGUCAAAGGCAAACGAGAUGCCCGGGGGGUUGUUUUGGUUAGGUUGCGGUUGAUUAUUGUCGUUAUUCAUUUUAAUGAAAUUUAUU